AAGUAGCAGCAGAGGAAGAGGAGGAGGACGAGGAAGAGGAGGAAGAGGAGGAGGACAUUCUCAGGAGAUAAUGAAAGAAAAAGAGCUGAGCUGCUGCUAGAAGACGAGAAGAAGAAAAGCGGGCGAGCGCAUUUGGCUGGAGAAAACAACAGAACACAACAACAACAACAAAAAAAGGUUCGCGGAGGUUCGAAUGGUGUGCACGAGAUGCUCAGGACGCGCAGCAGCCGUGGACGCGCACAGAGAGGCGCCCAGUGAAGGCACAAAGAGAAGGUUCCCGCCGCUCCAGUGGGAAGUGUCAGCUGGUCCAAUUGGUGCUGAGGAAGUACUUAAGGUGGUGACAUCAUUAAUUAGAAGCCGCUAAUCAAUCAAUAAAUCUAUAAGCUCAAGGAUGGACGGGAGUCUGGGAGAGAUGUCCCUCCACGCUCACUCGGACCUCUCGGCCGCCUUCCCCCGGCCUCCCCUUGGCGGUCCUCCCCUGGAGCCCGAGCACAGGGCGCCGGCCUUCGAGCACUCCAUGUCGGCGCUGGGCUACAGCGGCGACUCUCCGUCGGGCUCAGGCAGCACCUACACCACGCUGACCCCCCUCCAGCCCUUUGACGACAAGUUCCACCAUCAUCAUCAUCAUCAUCACCCCUGCCUGCCCGUCAGCAACGUCAUCGGCAGCUUCACGCUCAUGCGUGAGGAGCGAGGAGGCCUGGGCACCAACUUCUACAACCCCUACGGCAAAGACCUCGCCAUGACCCAGAGCCUGACGCCGCCCUCUGCCGCUUCGAGCCUCAGCUCUUCCGUGCACGGCUACGGCGGCCUGGCUAACGGCCCCAACGGCGGCGGCGGCGGCCAGAUGCUCCAUGGCGGCUACGACGUCCACGGGGGGAGCCUCUUCUGCAGAACGUCCGACUUCGGCCGCGAGAUGUCCCCGCCGGGCCUGGGCGGCACCGACAUGUCUGUGGGCCACCAGCUGAACAAGAUGGACCCCCACCAGCACACAGCGGGCCACCACCCUCACAUCUACAGCCAGCACUACCAGGCCCACCACCACAGCCAGCAGGCCUCCAAGAUGGCCGACCACUUGCACUCCCUGUCCUCCGCCGCAUCCUCGCCGGGUGAGGGUGCGCUGGCAGGGUCGCAGGGUGGCGGCGAGGAGAUCAACACGCGCGACGUGGCCCAGAGGAUCAUCACGGAGCUGAAGAGGUACAGCAUCCCCCAGGCCAUCUUCGCCGAGCGCGUCCUGUGUCGCUCGCAGGGAACACUCUCUGACCUCCUGAGGAACCCCAAACCUUGGGCCAAGCUCAAGUCGGGCCGAGAGACCUUCAAGAGGAUGUCCCGCUGGCUGCAGGAGCCCGAAUUCCAGAGGAUGGCCUCACUACGCCUGGAGGCCUGCAAGCGUAAGGAGCAAGAGCAGAGCAAGCUAGAGCGGAACCAGGGCCCCAAGCGUACCCGGUUGGUCUUCACGGACCUCCAGCGCCGCACGCUAUUGGCCAUCUUCCGGGAGAACCACCGGCCCACCAAGGAGCUGCAGGUGACCAUCUCUCAGCAGCUGGGCCUGGAGCUGUCCACCGUCAGCAACUUUUUCAUGAACGCUCGCCGCCGCAACCUCAACAAGUGGGCCGAUGAGGGCCGCCCCUCCUCCACAGGGUCCUCGGGCUCCAGCGCCUCGUCCUCGGCAGUGUCCUGCAGCACGGCAUGAUGGUGGCGUGCGGCAGGUAGGGGGCGCCAGACGGGUCUGAGCAGAGACCGGCCGAAAUAAAUGUCCUCCUGGCGGUCGGAGGGACGGAAGCAGCCGUGAUCCGUGAUUUAACCAAAGUGGGCGGCGCCCUCGGAGAGGGAGGGGCCAGAGUGAUACGAGGGCGGGGCGGGAGGUCCCGCUUGUACAGUCCUUUCAUGACGCCAUCUUGUUUCUUCUGUUGAUGACGUAGAGUAGAGAGGCUGAAGGUUCUGCCAAUCAGGAGCAAGCAUACUUUGGUGCGCCUUCAAGUCCUCGCCGCUCCUGACCAAUCAGGAGGUGCUGUUUGCUCACAUGUGUUGAGUGACUUCCUCAAUCAAACGCCAUCACCCAAAGACAACCCCGCCCUUUUUCUUAGCGUCCUGUCACUCCUCGAGAAUCAAGACGGAAGAGGAGGACAAGGACGUCUUUUGUUUUUUUAAUAAUUCUUUUUUUUAGCAUGUGUUUCCAUGGCGAUGGCUCUCGGACUACGUGAUGGAGCGUCUGACUCGCAGCUGUCAAUCAUUCCUACAAACACAUGCCCCCCCGCGCUUCCCCUCGGCCUUGAAUGAAUCACAGGGGCCAGGACAGAAUUCCAAACCAAAAAGAAUCCAAACAAAGAAGAUCUCAGCUCUUUAAGGGGAGGAGCUAUGAGAAGGGGAGCAGCUAUCUGUCAAAAGGGGGAGGAGCUCCACCCGACUAUACAAACAGUCCACUAAGUUUUUUUUUACAGGAGCAAAAAGAAGGAAUGUGAUGUUUUUGUACAGAUGUCAAGCACACAGCUGGAUUCCUAGCGACACGGUGGCGCUGCGGGGCGCUUUUGUUCGAGCCCCGCCCGUGCAGGUACAAGGUCAUUGUUUUGGUCCACAAAGGAAAGGCUUUGACACGCCUCCUUAUAGCCAAUAGUUGACUGACGCCAUCGAUACUAUUUAUUACUCUUUGUGUAUUUAUUGUUUUAAUUUAUUUGCUUAUUUAUUGACGCUAACUAUACGAUGUAACUAUUUAUUUGUCUGUUUGUGUGAAGCCUUUUUCUGAUGGGCACUUUUAGCUGUAGAAUCCCAUCGUAAUACCAAAGAUGAACGUUGCUUCCCUGAAUGUACCGAUCCCUGAAGCCCCGCCCCCACCCCGUGAUGUUACGUACAGUAUCUUUAAGGUCUGCUCCUCUUUCUUUGUGCUCUUAGCGCCGAGGCCAAAGCUUCUGUGAAUGUCGUGAUAUUAACGAGUGACGUGAAUUAAUAACAUUAUUAUCCUUAUUAGGAACAAUAAGAAUAAUAAUGAUGAUGAUGACGACGUGAUGGCAUUGCGCCGCGUCACUUUCUCAUGAGCUCGUUUGAAGGCCUUGUUGUGUAUCUUCAAGGUCACAUGCUCGUGUCCCCCGGGGGUCAUGCAUGGUUGUGAUCGCCCCCCGCCCCCUCGUGCUCUUCACCUCAUCAAGUCUUCUGCCAGUGGUCUCAGUUCCAAGAGCGUGCUUGAAGGAUCUUAGUUUCUUCCUCCUCCAAGAACUUCCUCGCGCUCAUCAUCUUGUUCUGAC